AUGAUGGAGGUGAUUUCGACACGCCGAUACGAGGCCCGUCCACCGGCGAAUACCCACUCCUCUAUUCUCGUUGACCCUGAGAACUCCGUGGCAUUAAUCAAAGAAGAGGAAUGGGAGACCCGCAAGAAAAAGGAGAUUACCACCACGCGGCAGAUCGAGACGAGGGUGAAGCGACAGGUUGUCCUCGAGGACGGAGAAGUCGUCGUCGACUCCGGACCUCUUGUCACCACAAACACAACCGAAGACGUCGAGCAACAGGAACAUACGACUCAGGAGAGACGCACGACUGGGGAUCAACCGCAGGAGGUCGACUGGCGGCCGGCAGCAGGUGGUACUGUGACCGGAAAUGGCGGUAACGUCGUGCAAAAGGAGCUGAAUGAGACGGUGGUGAGGAGCCGCGAGGAGAUCGAGGAGAGACUCGAGACGGAGGAUCGUCAGCAGUUGGGAGAUAUCUCGGACGAGGCAUACCAGAAGGCGGUGCAUAGCAAUAGGGGUGACUUACGGGUCGCUCUCGCCGAAUCUUCGAAACAGUUGGCGUCACAAUCCGGUCCACGGGUCAUCCAGCACACGACUAGGUCAAACAAAGUCAUCGACACCGAGAAGACCUUGGAGAAAAAGGAACUGAAGGCUGACGGAUUAAUCGUUACCGAGAAGAAGCGAACGGUCGAGCACGAAGAGAUUAAAGACGACGAGGUUCCGGACGACGGGAGGAACGACGACGACGCCUCUGAAACGAAGAAGGAGAGCUCGCAGAGGUACAUCAAGAAAAGAGAAGAAGACGUGGUAGACUACAUCUCGGCCGGCGAGAGAGUCGGCCGAGAAAUGCGCUACGUUGCAGAGACAACCGAAGGAGAACGAAUAGGCGACUGGUCACCAUCACCGACGGGCAUGCGGACGACUCGUUUUCACAAGUAUCCCGGUUUCUCGGAUGCCGCUCGAAAAGAUGCCUUGACGAAGAAACCGUUGGACCUCGAGGAAGAGGACGAGGCGAGAAAAUUCGAAACGUCCAAGUGGCUGGAAAGCCAUUUUGGCAGCGAUUCGCGCUCUUCGCACGGAUCCCUCGAUGCCGAUGACUCUCCUCUUCCGACCAGCACUAACACGAGCUACAUCAAUGUCACCAUGAAAUCCUGCACGCCGAAGGAGCACGAUUAUCAAAAUGCAAGUUCCAGCCGUAAUCAACGACGUGGUCGAGAGACAAAUAACUCGCCUUCAGGAUAUUUUCAUGGAAUCAGCGAAUGGUCGGAACGGUAUCAAGGAAAAGAGAAGCAAAAUCAUGCGCGAUCAAACUCUCCAGUUCGAUACGUGGAAUCUUCACGUACCAACGGACAUGCCCACGGGCAUAAGAGAAAUCAAGUUGAAUCAUCUUAUUCGAAAACUUACGAAUCGUUCCGACGUGAGUAUCAGGAUUCCGUCGAAGAACGACAACGUACACCUUCCCCACCGAUACGUCGAAGAUUGAAAGAACAAUGGGCGAAACCUGAAGAAAAGGUCAGUUCGAACGAACUUCCAUCAGGUCGUACUUCAAGUCCGGUACACGUGGUACAAAGAACUUGGGAGAGUCGUAAUCGCGACGUGCAAGCACAAACAUCUGAACGCGAUUACAGAAGUACCUCGCCACGAUCUCGAUCGAUCUCACCGAAAUCGCCGAUAAAUAAUCGCGAAGAGAAAAAGUCGGAUAGUUCACGAGCAUCUAAAGGUCAUGGACCGAAGUAUAAGAUCGGCGAAUCCUUUCGAAAGCUGGUGGGGAAAUUACGUUCAGCUAGUACGGAGAGAAAGAACAAACGGGCAAGCGGUGGUUCUACCUCGCAAUUGACGCAGACCGACGACAAUGGCCCGACCUAUUUGCAGUACAACGUGAUCGAUAGGAACAUUCCUUUCGUCAGCGAAAGGGACGUGACGGAGGACAAGCCACCUGAAAGACCACCGCGAUCACCGCGAAACGCUAACACGUCGAACAAAGUCACGAAGGUCACCAGGAGGGAUGACCAUGGUGUCCAGGAAUGGCAACGCAGCGAAUCCACGCCACCACCCUUGCAGAGGUAUUACUUGGGCGAGGAUCCUUUCGGCGGCAGUAUCUACGGCCGUGAGAAAGGAUACGAGAACGACCGAGACCGGCUGCGACACGGAAGACCACGUGGCUCUGGUAAAAUUGCCGUAGAUUCCGAGCACAGCGUCACCUCCAGCUCCCUCGGCAGAUUUAGCAAGUCCACCAGCAGACUGGUUAGCGAUCACGAGAGGGAAGAUCAGUUCCGGACCACUCAGACGUUACCGCGGAGCCUGCAUUCCACCGGUGGUGAACAGUCAGCUCGCUCCCAGACCAGACGAUACCAGGCACCGAACAUCGGCAGAUACGGCAAAAUGAGCCAACAUCACAGCAGCAUGAUCAACAUAUCGAUCAAGAACACGGUGAACAUGUCGCCCAAAGUGAGCGCGACGCCUGCUUACAGCACUCUUCAAGCUCCGCCGAAACCCGAACGUACGUACAAGUCGUCGCUGUCACGCAGCAAAAGCUUUAAUAUCGAGGCCAAUAAGAACGGUGUCGAAACACCAACCCGUGUACCGUAUACCUCCAAUUUGCACCUAAAUCGCCUAGACGAGACGCCGCCGUUGAAGAGCCCUGGUAUUCUUGCCAGCAUUAGCCGCAGUAACAAAGAUUUAUUAAGAGACGGCAAAUAUUAAGGUAGCCAUUAAUCACGUAAUAAACUG